GAAGCGUCGCUGGGCGAAGUGGCCCUUCUAUAAUACUAAUAGUCUAUAUAUAGGCCCCAAACCGUCGAGACCGUUGCCAAGAUCUGCUCGCCGGGUUGCUCUCUGUCGACGAAGAGACCACACAAAUUUUGGAAGCUAUCUCUAGCUCUCGAAGCCAAUUCCUUUCAGAAUGGGAAGCACUGGUGGAACUAACUAUGGAGCUUACACCUACGAGCACCUUGAGAGGGAACCAUACUGGCCUUCUGAAAAGCUCCGGAUUUCCAUAACCGGUGCAGGAGGGUUCAUUGCAUCGCACAUUGCCAGGCGACUGAAAAGCGAGGGUCAUUACAUCAUUGCUUCAGACUGGAAGAAGAAUGAACACAUGACUGAAGACAUGUUCUGUCAUGAGUUCCAUCUUGUUGAUCUCAGGGUGAUGGACAAUUGUCUGAAGGUCACGACUGGAGUUGAUCAUGUGUUCAACCUUGCUGCUGAUAUGGGUGGUAUGGGCUUCAUUCAGUCCAACCACUCUGUGAUUAUGUAUAACAACACAAUGAUCAGUUUUAACAUGCUUGAAGCGGCAAGGGUCAACGGAGUCAAGAGGUUCUUUUAUGCAUCCAGUGCUUGUAUUUACCCCGAGUUUAAGCAGUUGGACACUAACGUGAGCUUGAAGGAGUCCGAUGCUUGGCCUGCAGAGCCUCAAGAUGCAUAUGGCCUAGAGAAGCUUGCAUCGGAGGAAUUAUGCAAGCACUACACAAAGGACUUUGGCAUUGAGUGCCGGGUCGGACGGUUCCACAACAUCUACGGACCAUUUGGCACAUGGAAGGGUGGGAGGGAGAAAGCACCGGCUGCAUUCUGUAGAAAGGUCAUCACCUCCACCGACAAGUUUGAGAUGUGGGGGGAUGGGCUGCAAACCCGCUCAUUCACCUUCAUCGAUGAGUGUGUCGAAGGUGUCUUGAGAUUGACAAAGUCAGACUUCAGAGAGCCGGUGAAUAUUGGGAGUGACGAAAUGGUGAGCAUGAACGAGAUGGCUGAGAUCGUUCUAAGCUUCGAGGACAAGAAGUUGCCAAUCCACCAUAUCCCGGGGCCAGAGGGUGUUCGUGGGCGAAACUCGGACAACACUCUCAUAAAGGAGAAGCUCGGCUGGGCUCCUGCAAUGAGACUUAAGGACGGGUUGAGAAUCACCUACUUCUGGAUCAAAGAGCAGAUUGAGAAAGAGAAGGCUCGGGGUGUUGACUUGUCGGUUUACGGAUCAUCCAAAGUUGUGGGAACUCAAGCUCCGGUUCAGCUGGGCUCUCUCCGCGCUGCCGAUGGCAAAGAAUGAAUAGGAUUAGACCAAGCAAAGAAGUUGGCGUCUGUGCGUUUGAAGGAUAGAUAUUUGAAUUUGAUCAAUGCGACGAUGCAUAUUUAUAAUGGAUUCUGCUAGUUCUCUUGCUGCUGUAACCAUCUUUCUAUGUCUUGCAAUGCUCCUCCUGUAUUGAUUUAUUGGCAGUAUGUAUCAACCACCUCGAUGUGGUGCUUUGUUUUCUUUUGGAUUUAUGAAGGGUCGUUUGUUAAAAUGUGCAAUAUGAGAGAUAUUAAAAUAAGUUUGGAAUGUUUUUCGGAUCAAGAUAUGAUAUGAUUAAAAUAAAGUUGGAAACAUUUUAAGAUUUUUA